AUGAUCGUCCAGAAGACAUGGCCGCAAUAUAUCGCGGUACGUGUUCUCAUCGUCAUGAUGAGAGACCUUGGUCUACUGGGUUUCACAUACUUCUACGCUAUAUUCGCCCUUGGGGGCGUCAAGGCCAUCGCGCACCCAGUCUCCAUUUUCAUCGAGGUUAUUGCCGCCAUCGAGAUCCUAUUCUAUCUCUUCUUCUUCCUCCCGUAUAGAUGGUAUCUCCAGACGUACAAACCAUAUCGGCCUCCCCCCAUGAGCCGGUCACAGCGGGCUCGUCUCUUCUACAAGGCGUUGAGUCUUGUGCCAGAUGGAGAAGAUUUCGUACGGAAAUGGAUGCUCAAUGCUCACAUGGAGGAUAUUCGUCGAGACAACCUGAAAGACUGGCUGCUUUGGGCGCUAUUCGAACAGGACAACAUGACCAACCGACCCACAAAAGAGAUCAAUGCCGAACUCGACCAAUACAUCGACGAUGCGGAAGAGAAGUUUGGGAUCAAGUUGCGUUCGGGUAGGGGCAAAGCUGAGGCAUUGAGGCUUUCCUUCGACCCUGUGAUAAUUCAACAUCGUAGCUUGUUCUACUACAUGGUGAUUGGAAUCUUUGAUAACCUGAUGGCAUUAUAUCUCCUUACGCAAGGAUACCGUUAUUACAAACAGCCGUUUUCGACGUUCUUCAAAGUCUUCCCCGUUCGACUCGUCAACCUUUUGCCAUUCACCCACUCCGCUGCCAAUGGGAUGUCGUACUGGUACCGCCCACAUAAGUCUACAUCAAAACGUCCGAUCGUCUUCAUCCACGGACUAGGCGUUGGUUUAAUUCCCUACAUGUUCUGGCUUCACACCAUACCAAAGGAUGUCGGGAUCCUCGCCGUCGAAAUGUUGCCGAUAUCAUCACGCGUUACGACAUACCCACUCGCUCCAACGCCCGAGCUCUGUGAGAUGAUAGUAAAAUGCGUUGCGCAACAACGAGCUUCUCAGCCUGCCCCUGGUUCGGGAGAGAGAGGAACGUGGGACGACUUUGUUCUCAUCGGCAACAGUUACGGAACGUUGUUGAUGGGGCAGCUAUUACAAAGAGCGGACUUCGCGCCACGGGUUGCCGCGACUAUCCUGAUAGAUCCGGUCUCUCUGUUGCUGCACCUCCCUGAUGUGGCUUUUAACUUUACUCGCAGGGAGCCAACGCCCUCUAUACGCGGACGAACAGGACACGGCAACGAGUGGGAGAUCUGGUGGGCGAGCGCAACAGAUGCCGGGACUGCAUACACACUCGCACGGAGACUCUGCUGGCGAGAGUCUCUGAUGUGGCGUGAGAUGCUGACCCCAAGCUUGCGGAAUGUCGAGGCAGGCUACUAUGCCUCCGGCUCUCCAGAAGAAACCGCCGUUUUCGGCAACGGCGUGCAAGUGGGAAUGCGCAGCACCGUGAUACUGGGAGGGGAGGAUUGCGUCACUGCUCCCAAGUCGGUGGCUAGCUAUGUGUACUCCGGAGAUGUAAGAUGGUCGCCGGAUGACAUUGAAAUCUGGAAACGAUAUGAAUGGACCGGGAAACAGGAGUUGGAGCUUAUGUUUCUUGAUGGAAAGGACCACGGGCAGGGCAUCAUGGUUCCAUUUCCUCACAAGCCCAUCCAGAACGUCAUCGAGACGUACUGUCGACGAGACGACGGAUUCGAGCCGUUUGGCGACAAGUUCAUUGGCGGGCCCGAGAGCAUCUACGGCAUGCCACAACAGACGCAAGAGGUUGUAGAGUUGAAAAACAUGUGA